AUGUAUGUAGAUAAUGCAUUGGUGCUAUGGAAAGGGAAAGAGAGUGAGUACAAAAAUAUUUUGGCACGAAUAGGAGACAUUGAUCUUUCUGGCAAUAGAUUAGUUGGAAAAAUUCCAGAAGAAAUCUCGAGUCUUGCAGAAUUGAAUUAUUUGAACUUUUCGAGAAAUGAAUUGAAUGGACUUGUCAUUCAAAAGAUUGGUGAGAUGAAAAUGCUAGAAUCUCUCGACUUGUCUAGAGAUCAGCUAUCUGGUGAGAUUCCUACAAGCAUUACUCGUUUGUAUUUUCUUGCUGUCUUGAAUUUGUCAAAUAACAACUUGUCCGGGAAAACUCCAUCAAGCACUCAAUUGCAGAGCUUUGAUGCCUCUGCAUAUUCUAGAAAUGAUGAACUUUGCGGGCUUCCACUUCCCAAUAAGUGCCCAGGAGAUGAAACAACUCUGGAAUCUUCUGUCGGUAAAGAUGAUAUCAUUCAAGGAAAUGAGGAUGGGUUCAUAAACUGA